AUGUGGACGUGGUUUUCGCGCUGUGUGCCUGGCAUAAGCUUACUACUGCUUAUUGCGCUGCUUGCUGUGGCCUUUCCCGACAUUACAAGAGAACUCUCGCACUUGUUACCGUGGUCAGGAAAAGUUCCAGCUACUAAGACCCCUGGGCAUGAUCAUGGCACGUCUCAUCAUCCAUUGCAUUUGUCAGUGGCCCAGAAAAUUUUUAUCGGAUAUACACUACUGGUACAUUUGAAUGCCGCUACAUUCGUGGUUAGAUUGGCAUGGGCGCUAUGGCGAAUGACCUUCGCAGCUCGUGCGUUGUUGCGUCGACGUCCAGCAACCAAGUGCCUUCGCAGUCCAGCCGACCCAGUGAUGCCCCCGUUUGCCGAUAGUCCGAUCAUAACUCCAAUAUCCUCCGAGGUGUCGGAUCCUAUGAGCUUCGAUCUCGGAGGUCUUGAAGAUGGUGAAGGUGGUGAGGUUGUGCAUGCUAUCAUCUUACCCAACUACUCUGAGGAUCUGGAAACGUUACGGACUACGCUCAAUGUUCUUGCCAGCCAUCCACGCGCUGUGACCCAAUAUGAAAUUUUUCUCGCCAUGGAGCAGAAGGAAGUCAAGGCUCCCGAAAAAGCAGCAACCCUUAUAUCUUCUUUCCAAGGACAAUUUCGUGAUAUUUGCGGCACUUUUCAUCCAUCCGGUCUGCCCCGGGAAAUUAGUGGCAAAGGGUCCAAUGUAGCUUGGGCCGCGAAGCAUAUCGUGGAGACUCGCAGUGAUUCAUCUUUUGAUUCGCGAGAUGUGAUUAUUACCGUAAUGGAUGCCGAUACACAUCUUUCACAAGACUACUUCAAUGAAAUCCGUCGUAUUCACUGGCGCGACAACACCGAUGCCGAUCGUGCAUUCUACGCCUCGCCUAUCAUAUUUGAUCGUAAUUCGAACGAUGUACCAGUCCUGGUUCGAUGUGCUGAUUUACUCUGGAGCUUUGCUGGCAUCUCAGCUAUGUACCCUGGCUGUGCAAUUGUCAUUCCUACUUCUGUUUACUCUCUACCACUUGCGCUUGCAAGGAGAGUUGGUGGUUGGGAUGGUGACUCCACAGCCAUCGGCGAGGACAUGCACAUGCUUUUAAAAUGCUACUUUGAAACCGCGGGCGAUGUCAUUACACAUGUCAUCGCUAGUCCUGCUAGUCAGUGUAAUAUUUCAAGCCCUGGGGAUGGAAAUUGCGGUCCAUAUUUGUCGACCCUUCUGGCUCGAUAUCGCCAAGCUCUGCGCCAUAUGUGGGGAGCACUAGAUACGGGCUAUUCUGUUCGCCAGAGCGUAGGAGGUCUCUCCGGUAAGGGCUCCCGGCGACUACGUCUCCAAGCCCGGCACGUGGCAUUACUGCAUCUCCUGUUUGAGGCGCAUUUUCUUCCGUGUCAUUUGACAGUCCUCCUACUGUUCUCUGCUCUAUACACGGCUUUUGUUCCUGUUGCGCAUAUUCAUCCGACUUUGGUCUGGGCGUUUUUUAUAACUGGAUUUCUGCGCGGACUAUCCUUCGUAGGGAUGAACGUUUGCAUUACACUCUAUGAUCACUGGUAUUCGAUUUGUAUUCGCUCUCGUGCGAACGACAUGGCGAAAGCAGGUUUGAACGAUACUGGAUUCUCUUUCCGAAAAUGGAAUCGACUCCAACAACUCGCAGAACGAAUUUGCUUCCCUAUCGCAGGCACUGUUUUCGGUUCGAUCCCCGCUAUUCACGCUGAACUAUCACACUUCUUCACCGAUAAACUUGUUUAUCGUGUCAGCAAAAAGCCGACUUUUACCUCUCCUCUCGUCCGUUCCCCCACAUAGUACUCUUGGACCAGGGAUUUAUACUAUGGCGUAUAUACCUCGCUAUGGAACGUUGACCCCGACUAAUGUCUAAUGAUAUAAUUGAAAUACGCUGCUUGGAAUAUGGUUGGAUUGUCAUCUCUAGGUGGUGUUUCUUUCUUAUUUAUGAAUACCCAAGCAAGAGAUCGGCCUUUUCAUUUCGGUCUGAACCGAGACAUACAAGUCUCUUCGCAUAUAUAGGCUAUUUAAUGGGUGACUGUCGUCGUAUUUCGAAUAAAGAUAUGAAAUCAUAUUG